UUUAUUUUUCAGAUUUAAUUCCGUUGUUGGGAAAUAUAUUAUAAUUAUCGCUUAUCUGGUUUCAACAAUUAUUCCUUAUUUUCUUACAUUGAUGAUAAUGAUUGUUGGGUUUAGUUUCUCCUUUUUUGUUAUUUUUACUAGCGCGAAAGAAUUAGGAAUUGGACCCGAAGGAGAGAAAUUUAUUUUUGUUGAAACUGGUUCCGGUACAAGAAAUUAUUCGUAUGCAUAUAUAGAAAAAGAAACAAAUACACCUAAUUUUCUUGAAACUUUGGAAAUGGUUUAUCUUUGGUUAUUUGGAAGCUGGGCGAAUGUACAAGAUUGGAAUUAUAUUAGUGUUAAAAUAUUGGCUAUAGUUGCAAGUUUCUUUUUAAUUUUGAUCAUGACAAAUAUUUUUGUGGCAUUGAUGACGGAUGAUAUUAAUAGGGCAAUAAAAUACAGUGAAAUAACAUCUUUUAAAUAUAAGGCUGAUUUCAUUCUAGAAUCUUAUCUUUACCCUUUAUUUGUAAUAAUUGAGAAAUUUUACUCUAAAAGAAAAAAAGAAUUUACUUUUGAACAUACUUUUUAUUAUCAACCAACUUUUCAUUUAUUACUUGAUAGAUACAUUUUUUAUAUUAGAACUGAUAGAAAAAGUUGGAAAACGGAAAUUUCUAAAGGUACAGAUGAAUUAAUUGAAAAUAUAAAUGAAAAAGUUAGAAAAUUAGAUGAAAAACUUGAUAGAUAUAUAUGUAAUUCAUAAAUCUGUUGUAUUUUUCUCCUUGUAAUGAAUCAACAUAUACUUAUUUGAAAUAUAAUAAAUAAACAAUAUUUAAUAAUUUAUGAAUUAUAUCUUAAUUUUUCAUACAUGGAAAUCUGGUGACCGUAAAGGUUAUGUCAAAUGACUUCUUGUGAACAUCUGAAAUAUCAUUGAAUCGAAGGUGUUACUUUUCAACGCCUGCGGCCU